GACAGAGUGAGGAGGAGCGGACGGUUCGGGAGGCGGGAAGAGAUUGUGAGCACAGGGUAGGAAUGGACUUGGAACUGGAUCAACUUCUGGGUAUUAGAAGGGAAGGAUUUGUAGACACAAAACUCAAAACGAAUGUCUUGCUUUGAGUCACUUGAUUAUUCAUCAACCUUUGAAUUUGGAAAGAAAAAUUGUUGUCUGUUCUGUCUGUGGAAAAGAUUUUAAGCAUCAGUGUGACUGGAAAAGCACCAAGACACACACACCCAAGUGAGAGUGUUCGAGUGAACUGACCGUGGAAAGAGCUGUAACCAGUCACACAGUUUGAAGAAAUGUCACCAUUCACAGUAGGGAGAAAUAAUACACGUGUUCUGUUUGUGGUCGAGGCGUCAAACCUGGAGACGCACAAAGACACCCGCAUCAUGGAGAAACCAUGGAAAUGUGUGGAUUGUGGUAAAGGAUUCAAUACUUCAUCCCUGUUGGAAAUCCAUCGACGCAUUCACACUGGGGAGAGGCCGUUCAUCUGUCCCAUGUGUGGGAAGGGAUUUACGAAGACAAUCUACCUGAUGUUACACCAGAGAAUUCACACUGAGGAGAGGCCCUUCAGCUGCACUUACUGUGGGAAGAGGUUCAACAGUUCAUCCACUCUCGCAACACACCAGCGAAUUCACACUGGGGAGAAGCCGUUCACCUGCUCCGUGUGUGGGGAGGGAUUCACUCGGUCAUCCGGCCUUUGGACACACCGGCGAGUUCACACUGAGGAGAAGCCAUUCAGCUGCACUCACUGCGGAAAGAGUUUCGGACAGUCGUCCAUCCUCACUGCGCACCAACGCACUCACACUGGGGAGAGACCGUUCAUCUGCUCUGUGUGUGGGAAGAAGUUUUCUCAGUCAUUCGACCUGGUGAGACACCAGCGACUUCACACUGGGGAGAGACCGUUCACCUGCUCCGUGUGUGGGAAGGGAUUCGCUCGGUUAUUCACCCUUCAGGGACACCACCGAAUUCACACUGAGGAGAGUCCUUUCAGCUGCACUACCUGUGGAAAAAGUUUCAGGCAGUCAUCCAAUCUUCUGACUCACCAACGCACUCACACUGGAGAGAGACCUUUCACCUGCUCCUCAUGUGGGAAAGCAUUCACAAGGUCCUCCAGCCUGCUGAGACACCGGAAAAUUCAUAAAUGAUUACAGGGGUUGGAUUCUGUUGUUAUUACUGCUGUUAAUCAUGUCCAGGAUUAAUUGUCUGACAAUAUCAGGUUUAUUUCUGCUGAUGUUAACGAUCCUUAUAAUUGGCAGGAGUUUAAUAUUCUGGAGAUGUGACUGACAUUUGGAGCUGCAAUGUCAUAUUUUAAAAAUGCCACCGCUGAUCCUUCCUCUUAAUCCAAGAACUCUGACCAGGAACUUGUUUACAAUAAAAUUAUGAACUUUUACUUCAAUCCUAACUUGAUCUUUGAUGCAAAAUCUACAAUCUGAAAGAUUUCACUGGUUAACAUCUCCAAUUAGAAAGUGCUGAUUAAUCCUUGCUGACAAUUCUUCCUGACUUACACUUUCUUCACAGUGAAACCUCCAUUAUGAAAUUAAAUUAAUAAAGAACAUCAAAAAAACAGUAAAACAUUUUACAUGCACAUCAAUAAAAGCUUCAUCGAUCAACAUUGAUAUUGAUGAAGCUUGGUAGUCGCUGAGUUCAAUCAUUUCUGACACAGCAGCAGCAACAUUUGGUAAAGGUGGAACCCACAACAAAGACUGGUUUAAGACCUACUCAGCAGAGAUGACACUUGUCAUUGAAGCAAAAAGCAAAGCCUACCUGGUGCAAAAAUAAACACAACAGCUAUAGCACUGCGUAACUUUGAAGUAGCCAAGACAGUUGUAUAAAAGAGUGGGCGAUGCUGUGCAAAUAAACACUGGAUCUGCCUACAUCAAAAGAUCCAAACUGCCUGUGACAACAGAAAUCUAUGUUCUAUGCAUGAUGGGAUCAAGAGGGCGCUUGGUCUGACCAUCACCAAAGUUUUCCCCCUGAAUUUGUCAGAUGAUGAAGUACUCACCGACAGAAGUAAACAGAUUUCCCACUGGAUUGAACCUUAUUGUGAGCUGUACUCCCUGAAACGGACAUCUCCAAGUCUCUGUUUGACUCUCUCCCAUGGUUGAGUUAGACAAGGAAUCCUUAUCACUUGAGCUGCAAAAUUCCAUUGAUUGCUUAGCAAGUGGGAAGGCACCAGCAAGGAUGGAAUUCCAGCUGAUCUGUUCAAGCACGUAAAGUCCCACCUACUGCCACACCUUCAUGACCUCCUCUUUCUCUGUUAGACGGUAGGAUCCAUUACACAGGACGUUUGAUGGAAAAAUCAUCGCAAUAAACAAAAACAAAGGUGACAGAGGGGAUUGGAACUACAGGGGCAUCUCACUCCUUAGCAUCAUGGGGAAGGCCUUUGUUCGGGUCACAUUUAAAAGACUCCAUCUAGUUUCAUACUGAGUGUAUCCAGAAGCACAGUGCGGUUUUUGUGCUGGCAGAUCUACAGUGAACAUGAUCUUCUCCAUACGCCAGCUAUAAGCAAAGUGUACAAUUAGUAUUAAAGCUAAUAUGCUGCCAGCUUCUGUGCUGAGAAAAGUGAAACAUUAUAAUUACUGAAUGAAAGUAUACCUUUAAGUGUGAAUUACAAGUUACUUGUAUAAUUGUGAAGGGUUUUGAAAUCUUUGAUUCUGUAAAGAUAAGCUUCAGCCUUGAGCUUGUGACCCGGAGCUCACCAGCUGUGCGAAGCUCCAGACUCUUUCACUCUUCGAUCAAAGAAGGUUGAAGCUUUUGUUUACCUGUGAAAGCUGAUUUUUUUUGUCUGAUUUUUCUUCAAUCAUUUGGAAAGGUGUUUGAAGAAAGGACAAAAAAACCCACUCAUGUUUGGUCAAAGCUGAGAAAAUACCAAAAGAAUUGGAAAAACAAAGAUAAAAAUGGUAUUUGGUUUGUCUUUGAUCUGAAAUUAAGUUAUGUAAAGUUGACACAAUUGUGCACACAUUUGAGCUCCAACCCUUCUGCAAACAAGCAGAGGAGUUAACCCUCUUCACUGACAACAUGGUGAUGAUUUGAACUAAAGACUUUGCCUUUUAAAGAUUUGACUUUAUCCCAUUUGGUAUAUUUCAAAGACAAAGUGCUUGAGAACAGGAGAUAUGGGAGUUAUUUCCAAACUGAUUGCAAAUACUUCUGUCACUGAUGUAAAAACACCAUAUUAUGAGAAUAUUGAAUUGGUCAAUAAAGUUCUCCAGGCUCCUGAA